UUUGGAACAAAGUCGUCUUCUGCCUUGGAAUUAGACAAGGUGCUUGGUGAUGGAUGCAAUAGUCCUGCUAGGCUGCCUACCAGGAUGCUUUCUUCUUCGGUUCAUACCUUCCUUUGCAGGCGCCUUCUCCCUGGCUUCCUGUUUCAAGAUGUGCCCACUUGCCUGUGUGUUUCUGCUUCCCCUUGGCUGUGGUUACGUUAUCUCAGGGUUCUCUGCAAAGUGAGGAUAUAAAACUGCAAGCCUAGCUGUUCUUCCUCUGCUCAGUCUCUCUUUCUCAUACAGAAGAUAGGAAGAAUGUGAACUCAGGAUGAGACGUACAAGGCAGAUGCUGUAUACUUACUGCUUGGUUCUCCUUCCUGUCAUAUCAGCAGAAAAUGGAUUUGAAGCAUCAGCAGACCCCGACACUUGCACUGAUGCCGAACUGGACUCCAGCUUUGAUUGUAUUGUUCAAAUGCCAAGGCACUUGGAGAAUUACUUAAUUUGCAAAGUUACGGCAAUGGAAUUGUUCCUGAAUGAAGCUGACAUUCGCUUUACUGUGAAUGCAAAGGAUAAAUGCAAAACAGACAGCCAGUUAGUAAUGAAUUACUCUAUGGAAGCGUCUGAACUUCAUAGUCCCAUCCAAGUUUGCUUGGAGAUGAAUCAACAAUGCCGGGACUGCAAGAAGGUGACAGGAAUUAAGAUCAUAAAACCUGAAGCACCAUUCAAUUUAAAAAUUACAUACUUGGAAAAGGCAAACGAGUAUCUUGUUGAUUUCUCCAGUCGGCAUGGACCAAAGACAUACCUUUCCGGCAAAUUGAUGCAUGAAUUGGCCUACCGGCAGGAAAGCACACCUUGGACUAACAUAGAGUCACAAUAUACACCGCUCAAAAUUUUAGGGAAGAAACUUCAGCCAGGAUCCAGAUAUGAGAUGAGAGUUCGAUCCAAGCCCCAUGGAGGCUAUUUUGAAGGGACAUGGAGCGAAUGGAGUUCUUCUGAAUACCAGAAGACCCCAGAUCAAACAUAUGAUAAUACCACUAUUGUGGUUAUGGGAUCUAUUCUGAUCUUCCUCCUGCUGUUCCUUCUUAUUUCUUUGAUACAAAUAUUUUGGAAAAGCAGGAUCAAGCCCAUUGUGUGGCCCACACUGCCUACGCAUGAAGAGGCUCUGGAAAAAUUGUGCAAAAAACUAAGAAAGCAUUCUGAUGCAAGUUUCUUUAAUCCUGAGAACCUGGGAUAUGUAGACAUCCAUAAGGUGGACAGCCUUCAAGCCAAACCAAAACUGGACGACUUUCAACCCUCAUUUCUGCCUUGGGAUGCUGCUAAUCCAGAGAAGUUUGGGGAUGAGCUGGACCCAAAGAACAACCUGGUUCUUCUCAAUGAUGGCUGGCUGAAGUUGCCUCUGGCAUAUGAAGGGAUGUGGCCAGCUGAGAUGCUGAACAGAUGUUUGGGUGGAAAAAAUCCAGCUACUGGUGGCAAUUCAUUCAUCAAUGGGGAUAAUAGCGCUGGCAGCUCAGGUAGCAGUAGUGAUGCUCUCAGCAGCUGUUCUACUGCUUCAAUGGGCACCAUCAUGUUGUUUGGGUCUGAGGCAGAUCCUUGCCAUCACACUUACACCAACAGCGAGGUUAGAGUGCCAAACAUAGAAGAAGCCUAUGUCACAAUGGCCAGCUUUGUUGGAAACAAGGGGAACGAGCAGUGCCAGCACUUGGCAUGGCAGGGCCCUAGAAGAGUCAUUGCACAGAUCCCUGCCAGGAGCAACGACUAAAAGCGUGGGCAGCUUUGCCCGCUGCUCCUAAAACUCAAACUCAGGAAACACCUCAAACAAAAACAAAUUGAUUAUGGCAUAAGCAACUUAAUCAGGGGCACUUAUCCAAAAUGCACACAUAAAUAUUCAAGUGAACAAAGCGGAUGUGUUCCUAGGCAUUAUUUUAACAUAAACGUUGGUGCCAAAGGAAGAUAUAUACAUAUAAGAGACAAAUACAUAUAAGUCCCUACACCACAAGAAAGAAGAGCAGUUCAAUAAUAUUUUAUUUGAAACUAAUAAUAGCCAUGUGAAGUGAAACAACAAGAUUGAAUAAGUAAACAAACAUGUGGUGAAAAUUCUAAAGAGCAUUGGAAAGCUGUUUCCAGAGAUGUUUUUAUUUUCCUUCCGUAAUCCUUUGUGAUUCAAUUUUGAUUGCCAAAUGUAUAGAUUUGUGCAUUGUAAUAUGCUACAUGUACCUGGUAAGGCAGACUUAUCUGCUGCCUCCUUCUGAUUGUUUUGCUAUGAAUACAUGCUCAAGAUUUUGGAGGUAGGCACAUACUGUAGGAUCUGUAGGAAUUGGAAGAGGAGAAUCUCAUUCUUUCCAAGCUCAAGCUUUGUUGCCAUGUUUAGUGCAGUUACAUUACUCCAACCUGCUGCUAAAUGCCUAUGUUUUGCCAACCGUCUUUCAAUAUCCUCUCAAUGCCGAUGCUGCUACAAGGAAAUUUCACUCUUAGAGAUUCUGUUAACGGACACAUGCCUGUGUGUGCACACAUGUGUGUGCGUGUGCAAUACACUGCUGGGUACUGAGAUUAAAGAAACUCGAAAUAGAAGGAAAUUAAAUUCGCGA